AUGCUUCCGAAAUCGGCCGUGGUAGUGCCUUUGUAUAUCUAUCCCUUGACGCCUGAUACCUGGGCCCCGCUCUACGCAGCAAUUGAGGCCAAUCCCAACCUCAACUUCCUGGUCAUUGUCAACCCCAACAGUGGCCCCGGCGACACACCGCUCCCCGAUGCCAACUACUCCCGAGAAGUUCCCCGGUUGAACGCUUACGGCAACGUGUACACCGUGGGCUACAUCAAAAUCGACUACUGCAGGAAGCCCCACUCGGAAUCCUUCGCGGAGGUCGCGCGGUACGCCGGUUGGUCGGAGCAAUAUGAGACGACACGUCUCGGGGUCCGUGGGAUAUUCGUGGACGAGACGCCCAAUCACCACGACGCGGACCGAGCCGAGUAUUUGUCGGCACUGACUCGGUUCAUAAAGAGUACACCGGGUAUUCUUACCGACCGUUUUGUCGUUCACAAUCCAGGAACACCGCCUGACGCCACAAUGGUCGAUGCUGCGGACUUAAUAUUUGUUUGCGAAGAGCCAUAUCCACGCUACCGAUCAGAGGAGGUCCAACAUCGGCUGCAGGAACUCCCAUACGAUCGAGCUCGCGCCGGCUUUAUGAUCAAUGAGGUGCCCAUAGACAACUUGCAGGAAUUGGUGCAUGAACUGCGCCAUCGCUCGGCCUACUUCUUUGUAACCGAGAUCGCUGGGGAUUUCUACGAGCGCUUUGGUCCCCGCAGCUGGGGACAAUUUAUGCAGGCCUUGCAGUAA